AUGGGUAUCUUCUCCGACUCCUUCACCUCAAUAUGGACCCGCAUACUCGAUAACAAAGGCAAAGUCACUUCGACUGGUGGUUUCCUGCUCGGUAUAUUGCUCACUCUUACCUUCAAGGACCUCUACCCGGACCUCGAAGCAUCUUAUCUGCGUCGCUUGAGACAGCUUCGUGGCAAGAACAUCCCAUACCCUCCGCCUGGCCACCCAGAUUUCGUCCAUCUGGAAGACCAUACCAAGGAUAAGUCACACGUCAUAGCUGACAAGGACGACAGUCGAAGGACUCGCGAUUUGGAUGGCGGAAAAAUCGCCGUAGGCAUCGAAGGUCUCAUUGGCAACACGCCACUGAUCAAGCUCAAGUUUUUAAGCGAUGCCACAGGCUGCGAGAUUUUGGCCAAAGCCGAACUUCUCAAUGGUGCUGGGAACUCGCCGAAAGAUCGAGUGGCUUUGUCGAUGAUCAAGUUGGCUGAGGAGGAGGGUCUGCUCGUGCCUGACAGAGGCGACACCAUCUACGAGGGGACGGUCGGCUCUACCGGUAUCUCGCUAGCUGCGGUAUGCAGAGCACGGGGAUAUAAAGCUUAUAUCUGCAUGCCCAACGACCAGGCAGCUGAGAAAUCGGAUCUACUUCUGAAGCUCGGCGCAACUGUUGAACGAGUGAAGCCAGCUUCGAUAGUAGACCAAGAGCAAUUCGUCAAUCUUGCGCGACGACGUGCACAAGAGCACACCGACGACCCUGACCGACCCGGACGAGGCUUCUUCGCAGAUCAAUUCGAGAACACCGCAAACUACAUGGCUCACCAAAACACCACUGGCCCAGAAAUCUACGCCCAGACCAAUGGGCGUGUAGAUGCUUUCGUCGCGGGAGCCGGGACAGGUGGAACCAUUUCUGGAGUCGCACUAGCACUGAAACCUCUCAUGCCCGAUAUGCAGGUCAUCCUGGCUGAUCCGCAAGGUUCAGGGCUCUACAAUAAGAUCAAGUAUGGUGUUAUGUUCUCCUCGACCGAAGCAGAGGGCACAAGACGUCGCCACCAGGUGGACAGCAUUGUCGAAGGCAUCGGCAUCAAUCGAGUGACGCAGAACUUCUCGGCUGGGAUGGAGUUGAUCGACGAUGCGGUCAAAGUUACUGACGAGCAAGCUAUGAAAAUGGCUCGCUGGCUAGUGGAGAAAGAAGGGUUGUUCGUCGGUGCUAGCAGUGCUGUGAAUUGUGUCGCUGCUGCAGUAACUGCUCGUAGCAUGGGGAAGGGUGAACGUGUUGUAACUGUGCUUUGUGAUAGUGGGACUCGUCAUCUGAGCAAGUUCUGGAAGGAGGCUGGCAAUAUCGGAGAUGCGGACGUCGAGUAUACCCUUGACGAUAUACUUGGUGCUCAAACAUAG